GCGCGACAAUAUGCAGCGCUCCCGCGAAAAUCUCGACAGAUGCGGCAGGGACAACUACGGCAUGCGGGAUGACUCCGAGAUGGUGGUGUCCUCCGUGGUGUCGGACGUGUGUUUGAAGGGCGAGAAGAAGCGCCACCACCACCACCACCACAAGAGCAGCUCGCGCAACGGCGACUACCGCGAUCGGGAUCAGUCCUCCGGCAGACGUGACCACCACCGACACAGUGGUGGUGGCGGCGGCGGCGGCGGAGGCGGUGGUGGCAACCACUAUUGACCAACCAUGGUCAUCACCAUCAACGUGGAGCGGCAGUAGCCAAACGAACGAAUGUCGGCGUGGGAAUCAGAAACAGAAUCAGAAUCGGAUUGGAAUUGUGCAAAUCAAAAUCGCAAUUGCAAUCGCAAUCGAAAUCUGAGAGCUGCAGCAAGAGCGCAACAACGAAACGUUUUUGUUUAAUUUUAGCAACAGUUUUUUUUCGCGCUUUAGUUAUGUAAGAUUGAGAAAAGGGUUCGGCAAUUUGUUUGAAGGAGACUUUUCUGUUCAUAGCGAAAAGAAGCGCAAGAGAUCCUUAAACUUGCAAGUCAAUACUUAGCUAUACUCGUAUGCGAUGUUUAUUCGGGGCAAAAAUACUGAGGAGUCUGGAGAUUUAAGAACCAUAGCCAACAGAAAUAUCAAAGAAAUUUGAAAGCCCAGGAUGGUAAUUCCAAAAUUUGAACUAUAAUUAUAAACCAAUUUAUAAAAUCACUAUAAAUAUGGCUUUUUUAAUACACUUAAAAUUUGAUUGGACUGUAAAGCCCAAUGUUUUGUAUUUUCAAAAAUCCAAAGUUUUAUAUUUUGUUUUUGCAACCUGCUAUAAAUAUUUGGCGACACUUAAUCAAUAAUUUUACUAUAAGUUUUUGUAUUGUAAGAGUUGAAAUUUCUAAAACAAAAAAAAACAUAUUUCUCUAGAAUUUUAAAGGUUUUUAAAGCUCCAGAGCUCCGGCGAACCCCACUUUAUAAGUACAUUGUGCACUCGUGCUCAGAUUUCGUCCGAACUCGUAUAAUUUAUUCGCAAAGCUUUUGUAAGGUUCUUAGUUAAAUUUUCUCUAUGAAUUAGUUGUAUGUAAAGGCGUGAACAGGUCAAACAGGCGAGGCGUAGUAAUUAGUUGCAAGGCACCGGUACCCACACUACAUCCCCAACCACUCCCACAUCCCCUUCCACCUCAAGGUCGCCCAUUUUCACCCCACUUUACCACCCAGCAAGCAGAUCAGAGCUGCAGCCAAAUUAUGUGCAACUUGGUUUCGUUUGAGGUCUCAAGCCAAAUCGACUUGCUCAUAGUCGCAAAUUAGUUACGUAAACACUUACACUAGAUAGAACCAUCCAUUCCAUUUUCUUCCCCAAAAAGAAUCCACACUCAAAACACACGCACACACCAAUCACAAUCGAAAUGAAUAAAAUCGUAGUACGCGCGUGCCACAGAACUUACUGUAUAAAAAUCUGCACAGGAUCGAAAGGGUAUAUAAUUACCAAUUAUCCCGCACCAAACUGCACCACUCCAUUAUUUUUUUUACCAACCCAUUAUACAUAUAUGUAUAUGAACAUAUGUGUGUAUCGCCCUGUAUUUGUAUUUCUAGAGUCUUGUAAUUUGUAGAUUUUGUUUUCGAGUGUGUAUCGUCGAGCGGUCCAGUGCUAAAAUACCGCUUAGUAUGCAAUAUUAUUUGAAUUUCGUGCAUUAUUUCCAAUGUAAAUAAUAAUAAUUUAUUUCAUAAAUAAAACAAUGAAUAUUUUUACUAAACAA